AUGGUUUUAAGUUUAAAAUUAAUCCCAAUUCUCCUUUUCUUGCUCUGGAUUGAUCAAACCAGAGCAUGCAUCAAAACCUCCACCUACUACAGAUCCCAAUAUCGCUCUCAAACACACGUCUUUGUUCCUGAGGAAUAUCGUCCAAUGCGACCAGAGCGCAGUCUGGAAGCCAGUGGACCCCUGGAGACUCAGGACUUCCUAGCCAGCAUUCCCACAACACGACUAGUACGCAUGGAUGCACCUAACAUUCAGUUUGCAAGCGAAGAGGCUCGAUGGAUGACAAAAGGCUGCCGAGAUAGAUUGCAGAAGCUGGUUAGCCUCAUUCAGAGCACUUGGCCGAAUAACGAUGUGGGAUUGCGUAUCUUAGAUGGAUGGAUCAAACCCCCUCCUAAUAUCCUACGACCCACAAAAAAACUGACCAAGAGAAAUGCUCCUGGGAGAUUCAAGCAGACUCUGCAUAUGACAGUGCCUGAAGAAUUAAUGGAUUACGGAAACCAGAACCAACAUCCAAGCCCUCCUAGACACCAACCCGGUAACAACGGCCUCGGUAUCAAAGUGGCCAACUCAGGGAGUCGCUUUGUCAUGCAAAGACCCCGCCAGAAUAGAAGUACAUCAGCUGAAUUGCCCUCAGAAACCCACAACCUUCCACCUUACCCAAUGUCACAUGAUCAACAGCGGUAUGGACGUGAUCCAAACAUCAUAGGGUUCGAAAAUCUCCGCCGACAUUUCAAGGAGUACCCAAUAAUGAUGGAGGAAUUUCAUUACGCAGGCAGAGCCCUCGAUAUGAUUUUGGUUGACACAAGGAUUAGCGUAUCCUCAAGGCAAAAUAGUGUUUACCCCGGAAAAUUGGCUCAAUUGGCCUAUUAUGGAGCUCUUUUUGAUUGGUGCUAUUUUGCCCGUCAAGGACAUGUUCACUGCUCCGUUAAGCCCGAUUCAAUCAUUACGUCACAAUGGUUCGGAUGCUUCCCCGGUUCUGCUCAGGCAACAUCCCCAAAAGGCACCCCCGUCUCCCUCUCAGAUCUUCAAAUAGGCGACUCAGUAAUGACCCUAGAUCCAUUGACCUUUAAGCUCUAUCCUACAAAAAUCAUCACCUUUCUGCAUAGAGAUGAACACCAAUAUUCACCUUGGAUAGAAAUCACCUUUCUUCGAGAUAACAGCAAUGCACCAUCGAAGAUUAGGUUGACAGCUAAUCAUCUGAUACAUCGCUGGAAGGGGGAAAGGUCAACUGUUUUUGCUGAGCAAAUAAGGCCAGGUGAUGAGAUUGCCUGUAAUCUGGACAGACCUGAGAACUUGUGCAGGGUUGAAUCUACCUCUCUCGUGAAUUCAUCUCUCAGCGAGACUGGUGUUUAUGCGCCUUUGACAACUAGUGGAGAUAUGAUAAUUGACGGAGUUUUUGUCUCUUGUUACGCACAUAUUCAAAAUGAAUGGUUAGCUCGUCUGGCAACAAUACCUCUCUAUAUCAAGUCCGCAAUAUUUGGUCAGGAUUUGGUAGAAAUUCAUUCAGGUGUUCAUCCCUACGUCGAUGUCCUUUUCAAGAUUGCGCAAUUCUUGAUGCCCAAUCAACUCUUUACAAGUCUUCUAUAA